AGUUCAGACUGUAGAGCUCAGAAUCAGAUCAGGACGAUCAGUGGACAGGAGAGUUUUGCAGACUGAGUGUUGAACAUUUCCCACCCUGACCUGAGAUUGACAACCAGCGAAUCGUCAAGAAGCAGAUGUGAGAUGAAGACACUGUGGCUGCCACUUCUCCUGAGCUCAGUCAUAUGGGCAGAGGAGGAUUAUUUUCUUAUUUCCCCCGAUGCCACAUGGAAUGAGACCGGACUCCAACAGUCCAAUGCCACAUUGAAUGAGACCGGACUCAAUCGGUAUAAUACCACAUGGGAUGAGGCCAGGAACCACUGUCAGGCCUGUUUCAAAGAGCUGACGACCAUCACCAGUAGAAAUGUCCACCUCAUCGUGCAGAACCUCUCUUUGGACUACUGGACUGGGCUCCGCAGGAGCUACAAUGGCACCAUCCCAUGGUCCAGAUGGUCCAAUGGGGAUCCUGUUACAUAUCAGAAUUGGUACCCUGGUCAUCCUCUGCCAAAUAAAGUUAAGAAAAUGAUUCUUAAAUGUCCCUCAACUACACAAAGUCCACUGAGCACCCUAAUAACUGCUACAACGUCUACUCCAGUGACCUCAACACAAACCUCAACACAAACCUCAACACAAACCCCAACACAAACCUCAACACAAACCCCAACACAAACCUCAACAGUAACUGCUCCGGUAACCUCUCCACAGAUUUCCUCAACAUCUGAAACUAACAACACAGAUAUGUGUCCUAGACUGGAUGAAUUCCUUGAAUGCUUAAAUAUGACAUAUGAUGAUCUUCAAAUAUGUGCAGUGCAUGAUUGCCCAUUGGUCACCCCAAAGACCACAACAUAUAGCACCACCUCAAAUCCCACAACGUACAGCACCACCCCGAACGCCACAACAUUUAGCACCAUCUUCACAACAACUGGUUCUGGGACAGAGAACACCACGAUGGAUAGCACCACGACCGAGAGCACCACCGCCAGCAACUGCGUCUUCGAACCCGAGCCAGAUCCUGAAGUGUACAUCGAGGAUGCUUGUGUGGUCCUGCUCAGCUUUGGCAUGUGGAAGGAAAAAAACUGCAACGAAACUCUACCCUUCAUCUGUUAUGAUGACCGCUUUUUUGGGCAAAUAGACAUUUCCGAUGUGACCACAAGUGCAGGCAAUGUGAGCUGGAGUAAUCCACCGGGUAACAUCACUCACUACAGAGUGGAAAUCACUAGGAACCAGACCAAACAGACGUCUAAUGAGACUGACCUGUAUAAACAACUACAGCAUCUGACUCCAGGAAAUCUCUACAAGGUUCAGGUGUUUCCAGUGAAGUGUGGCAGGGAUCUCAAUCCACAGAACAUCUCCUUCUACACCCAGCCUUCUGGUGUUCAAAGUCUGACAGUAGUGAGAGUGACCACUGAUACUGUCAGCCUCAACUGGAGUAAACCACUAGGAGACAGUGACUUCUAUUCAGUACAUAUCAAAAGCAUGAAUUCAGAAAGGGAUCAAGAAUCUAAAAGUGAAGAGUCCACUAUCAAAGGUCUAACUCCAGGAAGCGAGUAUAAUUUCACAGUUACAGCAAUAGUGAAUAAGACUACUGGAGGUGUGCCAAUGAGCGUUUCCAAUUACACCAAAACUGUGUCCUUUGAAUCCCUAUGA